GCAUCCUGUGGUUCUGUUACUCAAAUGUGUCGAGUACUGAUGAACUGUCCGGAAAUCGUUUCAAUUGGAUUGGUGUGGAAUUCAGAGAAGCCUAGUUUAGACCAUAUCAUGGAAGUUUUCUCCUGUGUGAAUACUACGCUUCAACUGAAAGACGUUUUCAGUACAGUGACCGAUUCUCGAUGGGCAGAAACCACUACUCAUAAUUUAGUUGGCAUGGUCACUUAUUACGGAAAACAUUAUUCCACCUUUUUCUUCCACACCAAGUUAAUGGAAUGGAUUUUCUUAGACGACGCUACAGUAAGAGACGUUGGACCUCGAUGGGAGCAAGUAGUAGAAAAAUGCAGAAGGGGAAAGUUCCAACCUUUACUACUACUUUAUGCGACUCCUGAUGGGACCCCUGUGAAUGCGGAGUACGCGCCUAAAUCGAAUACUCCAUUUUACACGGAUAAGAACAAGCCUCCAUUACCAAUGGGAAAUCAACAACUUUUACGAAGGUCUAUUACACCCAGCCCUGAGAAACCGAUUGUGGGAAACACUCGGCGCGCCAUAACACCCAAUCCCGAGAGCUCUACACUCAGUCAAAAACCUCCUUUUCCGAAGUCGUACAACGAAUACCAAAAUCUUUCGGUUAUUCAAAAGAAUAUUAACAUACCAAAAGACUCGAUAGGAUUUGAUCAAGUUGAUGAAUGUGCUCAAAAAUCACUGGAAUAUAUUACCAGGAAAUCUACAGAUAGUGAAAACCCUACAGUGAAUAUACACAGAACAUUAAGUAAUGGUUCUUCAUCUGGAGUUGAAUCGGGCGUUUGCAUUCCUGACCAUCUAAACAUACCUCGAAGAAGGGACAGUGGUAACUGGAGUAGGGACCGGAACAGUGCUUCGUCUGCUUCAUCCACUACUAUGGAAAAUCCAUAUUUGUACUUAGUAGGGAAAGUGCCACCAGGAAGUCCGAAUCGAACAAAAGGUGAUGGAAAUGGAGCCUACGAUGCUGGAUACGAUUCGUACUCAUUAUCAUCAAAUGACAGCACCAAUAUGAACACAGUGCAACAUAUGAUGAAGAGUGGCCAUCUGGCUCAAAUUCCUGAAGAUUAUAGCAACAUGGUUCAAAACCAAAACGCACUGAGCUGUGAUGUAUUAUGUGAUGAAGCUGAUGAGCUUCUUAUUAAGUCUCGACAAUUGGAGGACGCUCAUGAUCUCGUUUUGGCUUUGGCGUUGUGCAAUGCCGCGGCAACCAAAGCUAGAGCUGCUAUGAAUGCUCCAUAUAAUAAUCCACAAACUUUGACUCUAGCACGGAUGAAACACAAUACUUGUAUAAUGCGCGCUAGAAGUCUACAUAGGCGAAUGACGCAAAUGCAACCACAGAAUAAAGAAAGUUCUUUAGAGAUCCGACACACGCGCGAAGGCAGUAGUGGAAGCGGGCGGCAUUCGAGACAGAACUCUAAAGAUAAAGGACAUCACUCCAGGCAAAGUAGCAGAGAAUUACUUCUCCAACAAGACAAAGAAAAGUCGAAACCAAUUAAGAGCAUCGAAAUAUACGCAACACUGCCUAAAAGAAAGGAUGUGCUGAAAGCAAAAAUAAAUGACAUUAACAUAGAUGACGAAGAAAAUAUGAUAUAUGUUAAGGCCCCUGGGCGAGAAUCUCGGUUAAUAUUUUCUAGAUCCAAAAAUAAAGACACUAAAUCUAAAGAAAAGCGAUCGCGGAGUGAAGACAGAAACAAAAUCAAUAGAGGGGACUUUUCAAUUGCGCCAGAUCUAAGAGCUGCCCAAGAUACUCUGAAGAAAGCGAAGGAAAUCAAAGAGGAAAAAAAAGAUAAAGAAGGAAAAAAUAAAAAGCAACACAAAAUAAGAAGGAAGCUUUUAAUGGGUGGAUUAAUACGAAGGAAAAACAAAAGUCUGCCUGAUUUAACCGAUUCUAACGCUGAAGAUCAAUGUCAAUGUCCUCGAUCUGCCGAUGACACGACCGUUGGUCUUAGAGCCAGUCCAAAAACACUAAAUCAAGGCAUGACGGGAUAUGUUUCCGAAGGCCAUCUAGAAGUCAGUGGUGCCACAUCCAAUCCCAAUCUUGAGCGAAGUAAAUUGAUGAGAAAAAGCUUCCAUGGCAGUGCCGGCAAAAUUCUUACCGUAGCCAAAGUGCCCCCACCUCCACCUUUACGGACUACUUCUCAACUUAGCCGGUCUAAGUCGAAUAUAUCAGAAGUGGCCGAUAAAUGUCAGUUUAACAUUUACGGGGAUGUUAAUAUUUACCAUAAUUUAGCUCCUUUUAACCAACCUCAGGAGGAACAAUCAUCCAUGUCGCUGCCAUACUACGGACAUUCAAACAGUUCCUAUGAUGAUGAUUCAUAUUCGCCUUCAUCGCAUAUUGUUAUUACCCAGGCAGAAGUGCAUCAUGAACAUAGUGCGCAAUCGGCCAACGCUGAUGUCAGCAGUGGAGUGGACGAAGUGGACUGUUGCCCCUCUCAAUGGGCACCAUUAAUGGACCUACCUCCUUAUCCUAGUCCAAGUGGAUCGGCUAUUCAUUCCCGACAGGCUAGUGAGGAUUUUCCACCUCCACCUCCACCGUUGGACUUAUCAGUUUUAGAUGAACACCUCCCACAAGUUCAAUUAAAAGAACAAUGUUCUCUAAAAGAGGAACCCGAAACCUUGCUAGGUCAACUGCAGAAUAAAAGAUUGCAAAUUCUCACCCAUGAGAAUGAUAAUAGAGUGCUAAAGCAGCCAAACAUUUAUCCUCAAAAUAGCGUUCGAUCCACCGGAGAUACUUGGCUGAAGGAACUUCAGGCUAAGCAAGCUGUUUUGAGAACAAAACUUAAUGAAAAUGUAAGCAAUUCUGAUGGAGGGAGAGACGAAGUCAAUACUCAGCGAUUUGCAACAGGUGAAAAUAAAGUAAAAUCUGUUAAAGACUUGGCUUCUAAAUUUGAAAAUGUACUAGAUGUUAGUAAUGGGCAGUUAAGACACCAGGCAACUUUGCCAAAAGCAGUCAAUACGAACAGUCAACCUAUGUUUAAGAACAAUGAGUACCAUACUAUUGCACCGGAACAAAUUGCUGAAGAAAUUCGAGAAGUUGAAAUGAUCACAUCUGCUGUUAAUAAAGUAUUUGGAGACGACCAGCCAGAAAAUUCAGAUGAAAGUAAAAAACUAAGGCAUCAAAAAAAGAAAUCCGUUUCAUUUUGCGACCAGGUUAUACUGGUAGCCACAGCAGAGGAUCAAGAAGAAGAAACUUAUAUUCCAAAUCCUAUUUUAGAAAGGGUGCUAAGAUCUGCGGUUAAUAAUCCUGAAACUACUGCUAUACGACAAGAACUAAUGGCAUUGAGAGAUAAAAAUGGCAUUAAUCAAUCUCCUUCUAUUGUUCCACAAUCACCUAAAUUAGCGAGUUCAAAACCAACAACCCUCACCCCGGAAAUAAUAGCAAUGAAUGAAGGACAAACAUUGCCAUUACGAAGGAACUCACUAGAAAACUUGUUACAAGAGACCAGUACACGACUUCCGCAUCAGAUGCUUUAUAACGGGGAAAUACCAAUUGAGCAACGUUUUCUGUCUUUACCUCAAUCACAUCAGCCAUAUCAGCAAAACGUAAAUUUACCACAACUGAACUCGGACGAACACUAUUAUCCAUAUAACGGCUAUGGUCAAAUGAAUCAAAAUUAUCAAUAUCACAACACACAAAACAAAAUUCAGAAUUACAAUGGUAAUCACCAACAGCCUCAAAAUGAAUAUUUAGAUCCCCGAUUACCCGAACACUUUAUUUCUGCAAACCAUCAGUCAAACUGCGAGCAAAGCAAUGUGCAGUGCAUUAGGCAGUCGCAGUAUGCCGAAGUUCCGUAUCAUGAAGUUCAACAUCAACAGCCCGUUCAGUAUGAUCAAAAUUCGCGUAUGCUCGAAAAUAUUGCCCCUCACCAAAGUCAAUAUUCACAUUUGCCUCCACAUGCUUACAGAGCAACUGAGCGGGUUCGCCAAUCUCCAUAUCAAUCAAUUCCACACAAUCCUAUGCAACCCAAUGUAUAUGGAGCUACUCGUCAAACGAUGCGAAACAAUCAAAAUAUCAAUAACAAUUACUCUUAUUCAUCUUCACCGAGAACCACUACUCAUAGCCAACCGAAUGUGCGCUAUUCUACUCCAAGUCCAUCGGGUUAUCUCACUGUUUCCGCAUCACCUGUGCCGUCUGUAAAUUCUUGCAAUAAUUCUCAUCAGAAUCCCUAUAUAUGCAACCCGAACUCGUCAUACCAAAGAAUUCCCCCUUUAAACGAUCACCCUCAGAAUAUUCAUUCAGAUUUACAGCAAUAUCAGAAGCAAGUUUUGCAUCCAGGAAGAAUGGAUGUAUAUCAGAGGGUACCGCAGCCACAUACGGGCGAGCCUAUUUAUCCUGCAGAAACCAACCUGUCACAUUAUCGGGCACGUUCUCCAAAGCAUAUGUUUAAAAAGACUGUGAGUUUUCAACCCGGGACUAAAGGUUGCGAGUCUCCAAUUCCGAAAGCCAUAAUUACGCCUAUCGUAGUGAACAAUGCUAACAACAGCAUUCCCACGGACAAAACUAAAUGCAGUUUAUGUAGAAAGAACAAUGUUGUAGCGUUAAAUGUGUAUUGUAAAGAUUGCGAAUUUUACAUGUCUAGGUUUAAGCCGAAAACUUAGUCUACCGAGAAAUAGUAGGUAAAGAUAAAUAACUACUGAAAUUUGGAAAAGAGGGAAAUUUUAAAUUAAAUGUUUUGUUGCAUGAUAAAUUCAGUUUCUCCAAUAUAACAAACAUUAUAACUUAAUGUAACAUUGACAUUUUUCAAAACGAAGCAGAUUGUAUAAAUAUAGAAAUUCUAAUGUGAAGUUUUAUUGUUGUUUGCGUUGGUAGUUGUAGUUGUGCAAAAUAUAUUUUAUUGUUAAGGACAAGUGAGAUCUCAUUCCUAGGUUUGAAAGGAUGUAAUUAAUAAUGUAUAUUGUUGAUGUAAGAGUACAACUUAAAUAUAAAAAUAAAUAAAUUUGCAAAUAAA